GAGAAGCAAUACUCUUUUGUCUAUAUAAAGAGACAAAGAGUUCUUUAUUUCUCACAAGUCAUACCACCAAACUUCCAUUACAGAUCCUUCUUCUUCUGCAAAUCCUUCGCCUGAUUCUUAAGUUAUCAUCGAUCAUGAUCUCUGUCGUAAUCCUCGCUAAGCUACUGGUGGAGUACACUUCUGCUCUCGCUAAACUCACCGCCGGGAUGCUUCCAAGACGGCAAGGCAACGACAGCAACGUCGUAAGAGUUGGCGGUUUCAUCUUGCCUUGUCCUUCUCCUUCGAGUACUAAUCGGUCGUCGCUGUUUCCUGACUUUUCUUCUCAUCUCGUUGACUUCUGAUCUGCUUGAAGACUUUUUAGAGAUCUUGUUUUGGAUCUUGUCCUCCUUCUUGAUCUAAUAGAAGAGUGAGGGCUGAGAUUUUUCACUGAGUGUCUCUCUGCCUCUCUUUCUCUAGGUUGUGUUGAAUCGCUUAGAGCUUUGUAAAUGUUUGUGUUAAAAUAUAAUAGAAAGUUAAUUUUCUUUGAAGAACUUCUGAUCUUUACCUAAUGACGUACAAUGAUGAUCUUCAAGAAAAGUACUUUUUUGUUAUUCACAUUAUUAAACAAGUACAUGUUCAUUUUAUAUGACGUCAGAAAUAGAGGAAUAAUAAACUGUAUACAAGACAAGUCGCCUUUAACUGAUUAAGUUUAUUAAAUUAUAGCUCCCAAGUCCGAAUCUUCAUCUGUUUUGGUCUGUAAACUGUAUACAUUUGACAUUUAGUCAUAAGUCAGUUUUGGACCGUGAAGGCUUUGGGACGAUCGAAAAGGAUGUUAAUGUUAACUUAAGCA